AUGCCGGAAGGGAUUCCCUUCGAACCUCUGAAAUUGCUGUUUUCCAUUGUUUUCUUUUUUGCCGCCAUUUCUUGCAAUUGGGCGGCAUUGGCAUAUGUCCAUGAUUUCAUUAAUCUGUAAGUUUUGUGUUGCAUUUUAGAUUGAAAAGGUUGUAAAAUACGUAUAAGGUACAAGCGCUAUUAAAAACAUUUUUUUGCAAAAAAUCAUUAUUGCAAACCGUAGGAUUUAGUCAUCGCGUGGAAUUUUCGGCUUCUCUGGUUUGACCCAUGUCUCGUAUUUUACCAGAAGAAAGCAAUUCAAAUUUUCGUAAUGUGCUCAACAAUGUUCUUCGUCGAGCGUUCCAAAAUUUCUCUUAUCAGCCACCGAAAGAUCCGAGCCGAAACAUGAGCUAACCUCAAACUUGGGUUAAUAAACCGACUAUAUUCCCCUUCUUACAGCUUUCAAAAAGAUCUCUCUUGCCUUCUCGAAUGGGGAACUCUUUGAUUUUGGAGACAGUCGGGCUCUUUGCCCGUCUCUAUACAGACUGCGGAGGGGGACGGCUCUCUUUUCUUUCAUCUUUUUUCUGUACGGCUCUCCGCUUUAUCUACGAUAUUUCUUUAACAGGCAUUUAUCGCGUUGACCUUUCAUGCCUUACCGCGGGACCCCACGAUUAGACUUUUUUACAAUCGAGACUUGUUUUUGGAAGCCCCGAUGCUAUAGUUAUCGCAUGGUCUUAUAAACUUUUAAUAUGUAUGUGAUGAAUGCCUCGUAUUUUACCAAAAGAAAUAAGUUCACUUUUUCGUAAUGUGCUCAACGAUAUUCGUCGAGCGUUCCAAAAUUUCUCUUAUCAGCCACAGAAAGAUCCGAGCCGAAACAUGAGCUAACCUCAAACUUGGGUUAAUAAACCGACGAUUAAUUCUCAUCUGUCGUUAAUAAACGGUAAUACUCUCAACUUUCCGUCAGGUAACUGCGGUUUUUGGGAGUUAAUUCUCUUCUCUUCCCGUCUCUUAACCACAAACACUUCUCUCCGUUGAGAUUCAUAACCAUCCCUUCUGCUCUAGCCGCUAUAGUCUUUUCUCCCCUUUUCUCCCGUUGAAAGCGCUUGUUUUUUCUGCCGAAAAUAAUAUGAGAGAUAACAGUCAAUAUUGAGAUCGCGGUGAGUCAGAGGAUCGAAAAAAGAGCGGGCUUAUCUGCCGGUAGAACUGACGAGACGGUAAAGAAGCGAAUUAACUCCAAGAAUGCGCUGGUUCCCAGAUGAAACUCGAGUCAUCGUUGGAAGAGAAGCGAGAUGGGAGGGCAAAUCGUCGGUUUAUUAACCCAAGUUUGAGGUUAGCUCAUGUUUCGGCUCGGAUCUUUCUGUGGCUGAUAAGAGAAAUUUUGGAACGCUCGGCGAAUAUCGUUGAGCACAUAAUGAAAGGUGAAUAUUUUUUUGUUCUUGGUAAAAUACGAACGGAUAAGCAUCAGGUUUAAAACAAGCUUUCUUUGUAGAAAAGUCGUUGGCACAUAAUUAAUCAGAAAAAAGGGUGAUUAAAAUAGGGAAAAAUACGUAUUGAAGACUAAUGUCUUAUAAUAUAACGGGUUUUCAACUGAAAACUAAUAAAUUAUUUGUACACAUACAAAACUCCAUAGUAUCCACCCCCUCAAAGCUAACAUUUAUGACAAAAUUUUUCAGUCAAGCCCUUCCGGAUAUCAGUUACAUUAUCCCUCAAAAUGAAGAAAUCGCCUUUAUGGGCGAUAUCAUUGGCUUUCUUCUCACAUUAUGCCUUGUAAUUCUCAUGAUCCUGCACAAACACCGCCAUGUUGUUAGCAAAAGGAUCUUCUUUUUGGGCGGUUGGAUCUACUGGAUGAGAUGCAUCACUCUAACCAUGACUCACAUCCCUCCAGGCUAUGUUGACGGCCGAAUUCGAUGUCAAUUUCAAGUGAAAAAUGAGGAGUUUCGGACUUUCGAUUUGUACUGGAAACGUUGGGUUACGUUGGCCAAAGGACUGGGGACCCAGGUAAAAUACGGGCGUCUCAUUCUCAUAUUUCUAGCGGGGAAAGAGAAAAAGGAAGAAAUCGGUUUACAAAACACUGAAUUGAUUUUUUGCCCGAAAAAACAAAAAAUAAUGGAAAGUCAUCAAAAACUUGGCGCAAAUGGAAAAAAAAGAUGACUAUUACUCUAAUUUAUAGGUAAAAGCAUACUAAUUUUUACUGGAGAAACAAAUAAAAAUGUUGUAGAAGCCUUCAGGUUAAUUUUGAAACCCAAAAGAUUACAUUCAUUUUCUGAAAAAUUUCCAAAAACGAGAUUUUUUGGAGAAAAUUUGGAUUUCUUAAUUUUUCUUUGUAAAAUACGUUUUCUGUUUCCCUCAUUUCCUUAAUCAUGUCUAGUCGUCGUCAACAGCAAAUCUCUAAUAAUUUAGUUAUAAAAAUUCGGGUUACUGUAACAUCUUUCAGGACGUAAACAAGCCCAUGCUGUGCGGAGAUCUCCUGUUUUCCGGCCACACUUUGAUCAUGUGUUUUAGUGCCAUGGCCGUUCGCUAUUACAUCCCGAAAAAGCUCAGGCUCAUCAGUUAUCUCACCUCGAUUAUCGCGGUAAUCGGGAUGAUCUGCAUGGUGAUUAGUCGGGCCCAUUAUUCGGCCGACGUUCUCAUCGCUUAUUGGAUCACAACCUUUGUUUUUACGUAAGAAUUACAUCUCCAAAUGCUCUGAAAAUCUCGUAAAUUGAAUUUCAGCAUCUACCAUGCGUAUAUUGAGACGUUGCCGUUUAUGCGAGAAGACACUGCGGCGAGUAAAUUAUGGCUCAUCAAGGUCGCGGAUUGGCUGGAAGAAAACGUGGACAACGACUUUUUCGAGAACAAAUUUCAACUCCCUUGCUUUUCAUGGACCAUCUAG